AUGGCGCAAAUAUUUGAUAAUGACGAGCCCUUUGUUUACCGACUAAAUGAUAACGGUUUUGGACCAAGUCUUCUUGUGAAGGUUUGUACUGAGCGAGGCUGGCGAUUGUACCAGGGUUACAGCGGAAGUGAGGAGAAGUGGAAUCUGUGGUGGCGAACGAGCGCUUUCCCGGCCACUUCAUACAAAACAUUGGGUGAAUGGCAGUUCAUGAACCACAUUCCUAAAGGAGGUUCGAUAUGUCGGAAGGAUAGUCUGUCUCGUUUGCUGCGAUGCAUGAGGAGAAUUUAUGGAUCCAUUUAUGAUUUCAGCCCGCCCUGCUUUCAUCUGCCUCUGGAAUACGCGAAGUUGGUUUCGGAGUGUUCUCGUUUAAGACGCAGUGACGACACCACCGGGCCCAGCGUGGUAUGGAUACACAAGCCAGUCGCUCAGAGUCAGGGACGAGGAAUAUUCCUAUUUAGGAGUGUGUGCGAUAUGCGAUGUGGUGGACCAGCUGUUGUUCAGAGAUACAUCGAGCGUCCGCUUCUCAUCGCGGGUUACAAGUUUGAUCUUCGUCUGUACGUCUGCGUACCUGGAUAUAGGCCACUCACAGCUUAUAUGUACGCAGAGGGUCUCGCUAGGUUCGGUACAGAUAAAUAUACAUUAACCGAUAUCCAUAAUCCAUACAGGCAUUUAACGAAUUCCUCGCUUAAUAAAACUGGACCGAGGUACGCGGAAUGCAAGGACAGGAUUGGCAGCGGUUGUAAGUGGACUCUGAAGCAAGUGAGGCGCGCCCUCGUCGGCAGAUGGGGCGCGGUAGAAUGGCUCGUCUGGCAGAGGAUAAGGGCUCUCGUCACGCUGACGUUGCUGGCACAAGCAGCGGGAACUCCCCCCGCGAGGAACUGCUUUGAAUUUUAUGGUUUUGAUGUACUGCUUGAUGAUACUUUGAAACCUUGGCUGAUUGAGGUUAAUUUAUCACCAGCACUUGGUGCAGAUUGUGAGGCCGACGUUAUCGUGAAACAACCUAUGCUGCACGAACUAUUCGACUUGUUGGGUCUACCCAUGAGGCACACGGGCCUCAGCUUACUCCAGGGUCCUACACAACCUCUCAAUAAUUACAGUUCUGAAGAUGAGAGCGGAGUGUCCCGCGUGUCCGCCGGGGGCGCGCGCCGCGGGACGCGCCGGGCGCGGCGGCGGCGCGCGCUGCCCGUGCACUGCGUCACCUUACAGGCGCCGACGACAGAUAACUUUUCGGAUUUACACGAAAAACCUAGAGAUGUACAGACCGGCCGGUUGUACAAGAAUUCAUCUGGUUUAAGUUCUGACGUCAUAGAGAUCCAGCCCCCGUCGGGUGCGGCCGUGACAUCCGCGGACGCAGUCGACGAAACCUGGCGCGGCGGUUACGCGACCGCGGCGUCCCGGCGGAAGAUGCUGAGUGCGUGCGCCUGGGGUAAUGGCGUGCGCUGGGACCGCGCCGCGGGACGAGUCGGCCAGUGGGUACGGAUAUACCCCCAUACUUUGCAGAACGAAGACCAGUUGCAAGUAGAAGACGCAAGGGAAAGUGUUGCUCAUGUGUCAAAGUUGUUGCGCGCAGCACGUGAAGUCGCCCGGGACGGCGGACGGGACAAGCGUGUCCCGCGGGACGGAAGCUGCGACGCGUUUUUCGAUGCCGCACUUCGGAGAAAACUCGCUUAUGGAUCGAAUUUUGAAGUGUGGCUACCACCUUUCUAAAGUGUUCAAUUUUAAAUUAG